UGGAGCGACACUCAGCGGUUGACAAGAUGAACAACAGCAGAAAUGCGGAGGUGAAACUUUUGUCUCUCGCGACUUUCCGUUGAGCAACGCUAUCAUGUCUGCCCCCAUUAUGUCUCUGCUGAGAUGUUGCCAGCGGUCGGCUCUCCUCAUCACGGCAAGGCGACCUCGGAGCUCCAGCACGAUGUCUCCGCCUCCUCUGCACAAGAGGAUUCUCCUCUUCCUCACCCAGCGUUUCUAUGAUGUGGAGAUGUUCCUGAACUGGAGCUCACGGCUGAGGAGGAGGAGGAUUCUGAAGAAGAAUGCUUACUAUGGUUACACCGAGAGGUUUUAUGGGCCACACAUAGCAGCAGCGUAUUAUAUCUUGCGUAUGCAGGGAGGAUUUCGGUUUGUUGGCCAGACAGAAUGGUUCCGUGCAGACCAGAGGGGCAAGUUUAAUUGGGACUUCCUUAAUCACAAAGACACACACCUUGAGGAAGUAGACAUGAGCUACACACUCAUCAAUUACAUGGGACUGGGGAACCUAGAGGGGCAGCGAUCUUUGCGGACCCUGUUGUUACGAGGAUGUCCUGAGGUGGAUGACUGGUUCCUGGCCAGGCUCCAUGUGUUGCAGGAUUCUCUCGAGGAGUUGGACAUCUCUCACUGUCCACGCAUCACUGCAGGCGGUCUGGCUGCACUCAGGAAUCUCAGAGGACUGCGCCGUCUGGAUGUGUCGUCCCUGCCGCAGAUUUCAAGUCCUGGGUUGGUUAUUGUCCUGCUGGAGGAGAUGUUACCACAGUGCCAUAUCACUGCUACUGGGUACGACCUCAGUCUGAGGCAGGAGAGAGGAGAGGGGACUGAGGAGAAACUGCAAGGACACAGGUAGACAGGGAUGGGAAUCACAGUAAUCAAGAGACUUGGUUCAGAAAGUGUGUCUGCAGAGAGAGCUCUGCUGUCAUCAGUUCACUGACAGAAAAGACGCUGACAGGUUAAAGAGACAUGCUGAGGGAACACCUGACAUAAGAUAGGAGAGGCAAUCUGAUUUUAGCAGCAAUACAGCCAUCACAGUUUACUUUCACUAUUGGACCACACAGGUUUGGUUAACACAGAGAAAGCCCAGCAUAGGAAAACCUGAAUUAUCCAAUUAUCCUGAAUUAAUAAGUGUGGAGCAAAAAUGUACUGCCUCAGGUUGAUUUGAUUAUUUGACAUUAACAUCUAAGGUAUAUUUAUCAUAGUCUGCUUGUGUUUUUUUUCCUCCUCUUGCUGUCAGGAGUGCACUUUCAUGAUUUUAAAAAUAAAUAUCAAGAAUUGUGAGAACCAUGCCUGUCUCCAGCAAAUUACACUUAUGUAUAUGUGGUAGUGAUUUUCUUUGCUGAAAUGUAAAUAUGAUUGUAAAUGUACUCAAUAAAGAUUGUAUUGUUCAGUGCCA